ACUUGGACAUGCCCGCAAUCAAACGCCGCCACUUUUUUUAUUAUUAUUAUUUCGUAUGGGCAACUUGUUACCACCUUAUCGAGUCUUAAUCUAGCAACGAAAGCCCCGACUUUUCAUUACUACUUGCUAAGGACAACGAGCCGACUUACCCACCGACAACUUUACAAAACCUACAAAUACAAAAACUCCUAUCUACGACCGACAGUUCUUAAAACAUUCCUAGUUCAACAUUUCUUGACCUUGUCUUGUCAACUUGUCAACUACUUGUCAACUAACCUCCACCCCCCAAUCCGUACAUUACUCGUGUAUCUGGAUAAUUACGCUGUACCGAGUCCUUUAAUAUUAAUCAGAAACAAUUCUUUGAACUGCCCGAUUUCGAAAGAAAUCGAAGCAAUCAUCAUCAACAAUGGAGUUAGAUCCCAAGUACGACAACUAUGACUACCCUACCAAGGCACCCGUCGCCAAGCCAGGGCAUCCAGGCCACUUGACCGACGCACAGCAGGCACAGGUCCAUCAGCUACGUAUGAUGCUCGAGACCGAAGGCUACACUAAGCGACUGGAUACCUUGACAUUGCUACGUUUCCUACGAGCUCGAAAGUUCGAUGUUAACUUGGCCAAGAAAAUGUUCGUUGACUGCGAAAACUGGCGGAAGACUAUCCUAUACGCUGGGCAACCGCUGAAGAUCGACGGUAAAACCUACAACCUCGACGAGGAGAUAGGCGAGUGGGACAAGGAUGGAUCCUUCAAGAGGAAGAUUUCCAAGUAUUACCCUCAGUACUACCAUAAGACAGACAAGGAUGGACGACCAGUCUACAUCGAACAGCUUGGAAAGAUCGAUAUCGUCGCCAUGAAGAACGAAGGCCUCGAAUACGAACACAUGUUGGUUAACCUAGCUGUUGAGUACGAGAAGAUGGCAGACCCCCGAUUGCCAGCCUGCUCGCGCAAGGCCGGUCAGCUACUUGAGACGUCCUGCACCAUCAUGGACUUCAACGGUGUCGGUUUCGGCAACGCGCGCCAAGUCUUUGGUUACAUCCAGGAAGCCUCUGGUAUGAGUCAAAACUACUACCCCGAACGUCUGGGUCGCAUGUACCUCAUCAACACCAACUGGCUCUUCACCGGUGUCUGGCGUAUGAUCCGUCCUCUUCUAGACCCCGUUACCGUCGAGAAGAUCCACGUCCUAGGUGGCAACUACCAGAAGGAGCUCCUCGGCCAAAUCCCCGCUGAGAACCUCCCCAAGGAGUUCGGUGGUACUUGCCAGUGCGAGGGAGGCUGCGCGCUCAGCAAUGCGGGUCCCUGGUGCGAUGCCGAGUUCGCCAAGCCUGCGUGGUGGGAGACGAAGGGUGAUACGAUCGAGAACAAGCCAUCAGAAAUCGUCAGUGGUGCGGGUGCUGCUGCCGCUACCGGGGCUGAUGUCGCUGUGGAAGGCGCCGAGGCCAAGGCCCCUGCUGCCGCGUAAAGAGUGGAAAUGAUCGGUUCUUAACUGUAUACAAAGGGGAAGCAUAAGUUGAGAGAGAGUGAAGCGGGGAGUAAAGUCAGGCUAUUCAGAUAGACAGGACCAACAGAGAGCCCCCUCGAGGGAGAAGGCCGCGGACGUUUUUGUUUGAUCCGGACGAUCUUUCAUACCCCGGGCAGAAUCUUAUAAACGCCAGUUUUUACCUGUGGACAAGUCACCCUGUUGUUACACGGGUGCUAUGUGGCCAUCUUUUCUACAAAAAUUGUUAGAGGCAUUUCAGACACUGAUAUGAUAUAUUUGCAUUUCCCCCCUACUUGCUUGCCCCGCUCUGCGUAUGACAGGUAUUUAAUCGUGAUGUUAUACAGUGUCUAAAAAACCUUUGCACCCAAUCAUAAGUAU